AUGAUACUCGGUCUUGCCAUCACUGCCCUUGCUUUCGUAGUGAUUUUGAUAUCGUGGAUUUACAAAACAUUUAUCGAGGUAAGAUUUUAUUUCCUCAAAAUCGGUUUUUCCAAAGCGCAAAGCCGACGGUGUGCGAUUCUUGCUCGAUGCGCGCGAGCCGUCUCACCAGGUCUCACACUCCGUUUUCACCCGUGCUUGACUGCAAAUGAACUCUUGACCUACGUAAAAUAGAGGCUAUUUUUCAAGGUAGGUUUUAAUAUGUUAUGCGUGAAUCAUGUUUACCAAUAUCUUAUACGUCUUCCUAUUUUAAUAAAAAAAUUUGUGGUCACUAACAUUCUCAAAACUUCUGGCAUCCAGUUUGCUUUUCCUCCAGUAAACCGUUGUCAAUGCACGUUAAAAAAAAAAUCGAGCCCAGGAAUACGAAAAAAAGACUGGAAAGCUUGCUCAGGGGCUAUAAACUGAACAACUUAAGUUUUGGAAUUUAGAGACAGAGGACAGAAACUUCUUGACAUCAGUCUGUGGCUGUUUCAUAGAGAGGUUUCCUAGAACAUCGAAAAGAGUUCAAUCGUCAACCUCCUGUUUCAGUCUGUUUUAUUUUCAUUAAUUCGGACACUCUUCAAGUUUCAUUUUUGCAGAGGGAAAAACUGACUUUAAUCUGUGAUCGCUUAUAUUAUAGACUUACUUCUGGCAAAAUGAUUCUGGGGAAAUUAUCGCAGGAACUGGCUUCAGGACCUUUUCACCAACACUCAUAGCAUUUAAAGAUGAAAGCUUGAAGAAAUUUGGAAUGUACUUGCUCCGAUUUUUACCCGGGCCUCCAAAACUGUAAGUAUUAUUAGAAAGUUCACAUUAUAUAAAGAUCAUAUCUGUAAUAUUUUCGACUUAGUUGUUUACAUUUUUUUUUUCUUUUUUGAAUUUUGACUUUUCAUCAAAUUUCCUAAAUUCCAUCCUUGCACAUUCGGUAGUGUCACGAAGCGUGACACUCUUUGUCUUUCAGUACUUUUGGGGGACAAAUUGUCCCUAGCCUUCACUCAUUUGCAUGUCAUCUCAGUAGACUCCACUAUUAGCAGAUUUUGUUUGGCGAGUGGUUUGGCCAAAAUAUUUAGCUGUACUUGCUAGUUUACUUCAUUGGCAACAUCGUUGCGUGAUUGUAUUAAAGCAUGACUGGGAUUUUCAGCUGUUUUGGCUUAAGUUCUAUUCAUGUACCUAUAUUCUGUUAUUUAUUUAUUUAUUUAUUUAUUUAUUUAUUUCUAGCAUUACUACUUCGUUAGAUCUAAAUAUGUAUUGAUUUUUUCUCUUGACCACAGCAUCAUAACAGAUCCACAAAUCGCUGUGAAAUUCAUGGCAAAACAGCAUACGUACGAGCGUUUAAAAGACUUCAGAUUGGGAAGUGUGUUUCGCCAGCUGUUUGGUCACGCAGCCGGGACGGCAAGUGGUGAGGUUCAUAAGCGGAUACGGAGUGCAUUUGAUCCGUGUUACAGCACAGAGAGUGUGGCACAGGCAGUGGAUAUGAUGGAACAGGAAUGCAAACAGUACUUAAUUCAGAUGGUUCAAAACAAACAGGUAUUAAUGUACUGUUUCUGGCGCUUCAUAACCCGCCGAGGGAUUACUGCCUUUAAUAUAUGCUGAUGGGGUGUGCCACUGGAUGGGGUUGUAUUUACACCAAUGGAUUGACUACAAUGAGGUUGCUUUUAGAGUUUCUAGAAGGUGGUAGCACAUUUUCGGGAUUUUGGUGGAUGAGAACAUCUCCUGGUAAAUAGGGGUUUAGAAAUGGAAAGAUUCGCGGUUUAAUAGUUGUUACCGCGACAAAAGAAAGUGACUUACUUGGGAACCGAUUAUUACUGCGUUUUCCUAAAAGUGACUAAGAUGGAGUUUACAAUUAGCCAGUAACACAUAUCCAUCAUUAAUUGACCCAAGUACCCCCACCAUUUAAAGAAAAGCAACUUACUUUGCUGUAUUACCAGCCUUGUAUUUAGUUUUGUUCACUGAAUUCCCACUUCAAGUUUUGUCUGGUAUUAGAAUCUCUACAUUUGAGAUCCGGCAAGAAAGAACCAGUCGGUUUUAUUUACGCUCUGAGUGGACCUCUGCAUUCAAGGGUAUUUAUUUUAACGUACUUUCGUCACCGGAUUUCGGUUCGAUGAAAACAACGUUUCCCAAAUGCCAUUACUCAAAAGUCACCCAAUUUCCAGGGUUUGUUCCCGAAUCUCACGCCUUUUUGCUUUAAAAAAUCGAACCCUGACUUUCUAAAGGUUUCAAUUAUCUGGUUCCCUAUUGAAUACCAUUUGGGGGUUGGGGGCAAUGGACGGUCACGGUAACAGCAGCAAACGGAGCUUCCGGCUUGUGUUAUUGUUGUUUAAAGCUCUAUUUAACAAAUAAAGCUCAAGGGGAACCACGAGCCGCAGGCGAGUGGUUUCUAUGCUUUAUAAGAGUGUAGACCGUGGAAAAUUGUGGUCGAUUUGUUUUUUACAAUAACAUUUUUUUUUUCGAAAAACCAAAAACAAACAACCGGCACUGCGUGAAAUGGUACGUCAUUUCCAGGUUCUAUACUCUCAUAAACGAUAGCUCUCGACCAAUCAACGCGCGAGGAUUCGUUCAGUUAUUGUAAAAAGAGUGUUUGUACGCAUCUCUGCAUGAUAUGCGUUGCCGGAUUAGGGAGCAUUAGAGAGAUAAAGCCUCACCCAACCUUAACGGGCAUACGCAAGAGGCAGAGAUGGGAAAGAUGACCACAUGACCAUCUUUCCCGCCUUGUUUGCCUUCGCCAUUUGCAGUCAUGUUACAACGUAACAGUAAGCGUUUUUUCACGAAUAAAAUACGGAAGCAAAGACUCUCUUUAUUAUGUCGACUGUGUAGGGAAAACUUAGGAAAUAACGCACUGCCUCAUACCCUUUUUUCAGAUCAAAAAUCCAAUGGGAUAACCACCAGAUCAACACACACUCCCUAGCAGCUGUCAAUUGUAAUAUGAAUAAGUCAGCACAUGGUCAGUCUCCUUUUUUGCCAUCAUGCAACACUCCUCCCCUAAAAAAGAAGACUACCAUCCCGGUGGGCGGGGGCACUCUACAAAGUUUUAUGCAGGGAGACUGCGCCCGAGGUUCCACCGGCCUUACCCGCUCAUAUACCAUUUUUGGCACGACUACCACAAAUUCAGCUUGUGAUAUCCGCGGCUUGUUUCGCCAUUUCAGGGUUUCAUAAGAGUGGCUGAUCUGAUUCAACUGACGUUUAAAAUACUAAUGAAGUUCACAUACGGAAGAGACAUGACUGCAGACGAGCUUCAGGAGUUACUCGAUCUCAGAGCUUUAGUGGAAUCACUUAUCGCAGAUACUUUCUCAAAUCCUUUUGUCAAGUUUCCGCUUUAUAAAUACAUGCCUACAAGCACUAACAGGAAACUGGCGCAAUUUGAAAAGCGGUGGCUGCAACUCAAUAAGCGGUAAGAAGGGUUCAUUUUGUGUUAGUUAACGCAAACAAGAUAGUUAUGUCGGAAGCAAAGGAAGAGUGAAAAGUCUACUUCUCCGUUUCCAUUUUGAUUUUGUAGUUAGUUUUUGUACCCUUUUUAUAGCACGGCCUUGACCAUUUCAACCAAUAGGCAAAUGUUUUCGUUGUGAAAAUUUUGAUUUCCUCUUUUCUACUUUCGUUUCUUGACUUAGCUUUGAGGAGCGUUUUGCCGAAGGAAAACUUCGAGACACAAGCUGUGUAUUUUACAAGCUUCAGCAAAGUCUUGCAAAAAAUCCGGAGGCACUGUCAGAAGAUGAGGUAAUGUUUGGGGUUUAGACGAAAAGGUUUGGGUUGGCUGGUUGACCACACCUAUAUGUAUAAUAUUAUUUUGCAAUUUCACGUUCGGGUAUCAAAAUGCGAGUGGAAUCUAGGAUAACUUUGUAUAAUGUGUUGUCUUUUUCCAGUUAGUUCCUAUUCGUUAAAUUAGUAGUUCUCAAGAACUUUUUAAAAUACGAAAUACGUGUAAAUGAUGGUUUGGUAUUUCUUUAAAACCGUCAUACAUAUUUGAACCGUUUUGUGAAAAAUUGCUCUACUUCUCUACCUACACUAUAAGUGCAUGUUUUUGGCCUUCCAUAACCAGGAUAGCCAUAGGCCAACUUCUCACGAUUUGUUUUUCCUUUGAGGGAGUCGCUUGAUAUUUAAAUUUCUAAGGGUAUAGUAUGAGAAUAGGUCACUAGAAUACUGAAUUUUUAUUUCAGUUUAGUUUUUACCAAGAAAUGUGAAACUCAACCUGACAACGCCCUUUUAAUAGAGGACCUUUUUGAAGUAGUUUGGCCUUUUAUGAUUUAACUGGGUACCUAAUAGACAUGUUUCUUUUGAACUUUCUGAGUUGCAGACGUUUCACAUCGAGCGAUUCAAACUCAAUUCCUUUUAGGGCGUUAGUUACAGUAGAGCAGCACUUCUUACCGUAAUUCAAAUUUUACUAAAAGACUUUUUUUGUGUCUAGUUUCAAGAAACCCUGGAGGAAGCUUCCCUUGCUAAUGUAGAUAUUACAUGCGGAGCUGUGGCCUGGCUUCUUUUCCAUGUAGCACUCCAUAAAGAUGUACAAAAAAAUCUUGCAGUUGAAAUCAAGAAUUCCAUUUCACAAGUAAGUAGAUAUUUCAGCGAAUACUUUUCCUUUUGUUGAAGCUGAGUGCAAUAAAAGAAAUAGCGGGAAGUCUGAGGAGUUUUUUUAUUUGUUUGUUUGUUUGUUUUCCCUUCGAUAAAGCCAAUACUUUAAAUCUGAAAUAACCGCAGAGCUUUACGAUGUUGUAAAAAGAGAUUUCCGAAUCCGCCUAUAGCUCCGUCAAUUACGAUUAAUCUGGGAACGAGCAGAGCAGUCAGCAUCUUUUUACACCUAAAAAACACAGCAACGUUAAAACUGAAGGUGUUUUAAAAAAUUAUCAGAUAUUUCGCGAAUGCUUGCUCAUUUUCUGACUGGCUUAUCACAGAUGGAAAACAAGAAUUUUUGCCCCUGAGCAGGCUUCCUCACGAAUGAUGAGGGAAGCUGUGAGCCUUUGGCUGGUGCCACGUGAUAAUAAAAUUCAGGACUAGAAUUUUUUUCCGAGAAUAUCCAAAUGUCUCAACGUCUUGUUGUGUUUGUUUUCUUAUUCAAGUUUAUUAUCUUUUCAGCUUUCAGAACCGUUAAGCUUAGGGAAGCUAACUAAACUGGAUUUCCUGGGUAAGGUGGUAAAAGAAUCAGCCAGGAAGAGGCCGGUAAUGGUAAUAAGCACUCCAGAAUAUGUGACUUGUCCAAUGGUUAUUGGAAAUUUCCAAAGUCCCGCUGGGGUAAGUAGUGAUUAGCGUGCGAAAGCAGGGCUCCUGAUUAUUAGGAUAUCUUACGGCCUCCUAAAGCGCAUGAACAGUCUCCCCGCUGGCUUUGGGUUUUCGAAAGCUGUUUUUAAGGUUAGGUGUCAUGUGACUUAUCUUAGACAUUCAAAUAGGGAGCUUAAGGGCCUGUUUACAUGAAGGUGGGGGAACCCAUGUAGGUCAGGUAACUCGCUUAGGUGAAGAAAAACAAUAAUCCUCCUUUACAUGCAAUCUUACAACCCCGCCAUCCCGGGGUGCACUUUCUCAAGAUUAUUGAAUGGUCGCUAAGCACGUAAACAAGAAAAAUGCUGGCAAACCACGUGACGACGGCGACAGCAACGAGAAAGGCAAAAACGCAAUAGGUUGAAUAGGCGUAAAAACAACUUUACACCUGCAUCGCCGACCGUUUACUCGCUUGACCAACGCACCAGUGAUUAUGCAGACGAUGAAAAAUGGUCAAAGAUCUAACAUUUAUCUUGAUUAUGCUCAUAAAUCCAAGAACAGAUCAUUUGCACGGGACGUCGCGGCGGCCGUAUUUGCGACUUUCAUGUUGCCCAUAAUGCACUUUGUUUGACCCACAACAUUUUGCUUAAGUAUUCUUUUCAAUUUCUCUUGGGCCCGUUAAUAAUCUUCCCUUGACAAAUUAAAAACAAAACUUCUGCCAAAUUUUAUGGGGACGUAAAGGUCGCAAAUUGUGUACAAAAACGAUGAAACGGCGGCCAUGUUAGUGUGCCAACUCUUUUCUCAUGUAAAAAAUUUAUUUUGUUCCGUGAAAUUUGUAUAGCCGCUGAUCACAUGAGUAAAAAUGAUCUAUAUCAAAUGGGACUAUCUAUAGAUACAGUCAUUUUUAUAUUUCCCCCUACUGUACGUUUGUUUAUUCAAUUGCGCAAUUCCUGUUUUUAAACUGAAGAAAUCAUGGUCAAUCUCGUAGCCAGGGUCUUCUGGCUUUUUGACCAAUGGGGCAAGACUCUGGAUACCAGAUUGAUCCAUGGUAGAAACAUGAUCUCUGACGAUCAUCAUUGCCAAAAGUUAACAAGAGUUUUCGAGAUGAUGUAACUGUUUUCAGCUACUUUCUGUAAAUGUUUAAAUGUCAAACACUGUUCUCGUUUGUCUUUAGGUCGAAGUAUCUGUUGACAACAGCGCAGUCAAUAGCAACGCGGGAGUCUGGGGCGACACGGAAGCUUUCAAUCCCCGAAGAUUUGAUGACGAAACACCGAACAUGCGCAAAAGCUUGUGUCGCUUCGGUAUUGGAACGCGAAGGUGUAUGGGAUACCGGGUUGCAGACACCUUUAUGAAAGUUUUACUGGUUACAUUGCUGGAAAACUACUCCGUUGCCCUGGAGACGGACGUGACAGGUGAUGAUGACGGUGUACCCGUUCAAAACGUUGGGCCAUUCUGCUUUCCGUGCGUGGACUUCAAAGUUCAAGUUGCGCAGAAAAAUGUUACUUCUUAAAAGUUACAAACACGACGUUUAUCGUCAUCUAGAAAAAAAAUUAACGUCAGAAAUACUUCAGAUAAUUAAUGGCGACAUCAAAGAACACGACAGCAAGUAAACGUUGGUACCAGCGGUGAAAUGUGGACAGUACGGGUCGGUUUUUCAGACGAAUUCUAACUUAGACCGCGGUUUAGGAAAUCUUUGGACCUCUAGGUCUCUUCCUUAGUUGUUUAUGCAGAAGACAAAUGCUUCUCUGGUCUACGCUAUAUGGUUUCAUGAAAGUGCUUACGGUAAAUGGUGUGUCGAUAGAAGCAUUUGGCAAACUGAAAAUGGCUUACUUAGAACGCGGUUUUGUUAAACGGCUGACGUUACACGAGGAUGUCUGUUAGGCACUAACUAGUCCCCGGCAUUAUGGCU